CACGAGGUUGGCACCUGUUCUCAAGCAGGCCACACACUUGUUACGGCCUGUCGUCUGCCGCCGAAAGCUUCUCACCCCUGGUAGCAUCCUACGUCCGACAUGAAAGCAAGUUUCUGAGCUACUGCACCCUCCCCCACCAACCCACCAUGGCUUCCCCAGACCUCGCGGAAGCUAUGCAGCAGCUUCACCUGCAGAGCGAGGAGCAGCAACAAGACUUCGAGGUCGACAACCUGCUGUUCCAGCAGAAGCCACGAAAGAAAGUCAAGCAGGACCCCGCCGCGAUCAAGGCCGACCUCGAGAACCGCUUCCUGACCCCGUCCAACAAGUUCUCGACCGAGUGGCUCAACCGCCUGCAGCAACGAUGGGACUGCCCGACCGACCUCACCGAGCUCUUUCGCAUUGCGCCGACGCAGUCUCGCACAGUGACUCGGUUUCAGAGACAAGGGCUCGAGGGCAGGGUCACGGGCUACAAGAAUGUCACGAUCCCCGCCAACAGCGCGACAGCCAAGAACUCGACGUCCCUCCUGCGCAAGCCGGCUGGCCGGGCAGACUUUGUCCGCGGCGCGGCAGGCUUCUUCCCGUUUGCUCCGGGUGGCCUGGAGAGCGUCGAGGCCACCGCCGCCAUGGAGGACCAGAUGAUGCGCCCGAUACAGGGAUCUAGUGAAGGCUCGACCAACAAGCUUGAGCGUGUCAUUAAGCUCGGCACCGAAGGAGGUCUACUGUCCGUGGCUCCUGGACUGGAGCGAGGCAUCGACUUCAGCAAGAAGAAGUCCAAGGUCAACGAAAGGGCAGCCAAGGACAUUGAGGCAGAGCUCGACCAGGAGCCCGAAGACGCUCCGCAGAGCGACGAUAUCAAUGGCCACACGGAUAACCGCCAGGACGAAGCUGGCUCCGACGAGGAAGAUGUCGAGGACAUAGAUGCCCUUCUACCAAACGAGUUUCCUGCACUCGAGCCCCAUGGCAACCUGGCAGCGUCCAGUGCGAGGAAAGCUGGCAAGGAGUGGGCGCACAUGGUCGACAUCAACAAGGACAUUACGAACUUCCGGGAACUCGUGCCAGAUAUGGCUAGGGAGUGGCCGUUUGAGCUCGACACGUUCCAGAAGGAGGCUAUUUACCACUUGGAGAACGGCGACUCGGUCUUUGUUGCAGCUCACACCUCUGCCGGCAAGACCGUGGUGGCUGAGUAUGCCAUCGCUCUGGCAGCUCGACACAUGACCAAAGCCAUCUACACGUCACCUAUCAAGGCUCUAAGCAACCAGAAGUUCCGAGACUUCAGACAGACAUUCGACGAGGUGGGCAUUUUGACCGGUGAUGUGCAGAUCAACCCAGAGGCCAGCUGUCUGAUCAUGACGACCGAGAUUCUACGGAGUAUGCUCUAUCGCGGCGCAGACUUGAUUCGGGACGUCGAGUUUGUCAUCUUUGAUGAGGUCCACUAUGUUAAUGACUUUGAGCGCGGAGUGGUAUGGGAGGAAGUCAUCAUUAUGCUGCCCGAGCACGUGUCGUUGAUUCUCCUUUCCGCGACUGUGCCAAACACGCACGAGUUCGCCUCCUGGGUUGGCAGGACGAAGCAAAAGGACAUCUACGUCAUCUCGACGCCGAAGAGGCCGGUUCCCCUAGAGCACUAUCUCUGGGCUGGGAAGAACAUCCACAAGAUCGUCGACAAUAACAAGAAGUUCCUCGAAAAGGGAUGGAAGGAGGCGGAUCAAGCAUUGCGAGGCAAGGACAAGCAGCUCCCGCCCCCAACAGCCGCAGCGGCGUCUGGCCGUGGAGGCGGCAACCAGAGAGGGAACCAACGAGGCGGGCCUCAGCGUGGCGGACCCCAAAGAGGCGGCCAGAGGGGCGGCGGGCAGCAGCGCGGGAGAGGCGGUGGUCCUCCACGAGCCAGUCAUGCACCUGGCCACAUGGGUCGUGGUGGUCGCGCGGGUGGCUUUUCGUCCGCCGCACAGGACAAGAAUUUGUGGGUGCACUUGGUGCAGUUCCUCAAGAAGUCCAAUUUGCUGCCGGCUUGCAUAUUCGUCUUCUCCAAGAAGAGAUGCGAGGAAAAUGCCGACGCUCUCAGCAACCAGGACUUCACGACAGCUCAAGAGAAGAGCCAUAUUCACAUGAUCAUUGAGAAGUCGGUAGCUCGCCUGCGACCCGAAGAUCGAGUCCUGCCACAGAUUAUUCGUCUGAGGGAGCUUCUUGCACGUGGUAUAGCGGUGCACCAUGGCGGUCUUCUGCCCAUUGUCAAGGAGAUCGUCGAGAUCUUGUUCGCGCAGACGCUGGUAAAGGUUCUCUUUGCGACCGAGACCUUUGCCAUGGGUCUCAACUUGCCCACAAAGACUGUUGUCUUCUCUGGUUUUAGAAAACACGACGGGCACUCUUUCCGGAACCUUCUACCUGGCGAGUACACGCAGAUGGCUGGUCGUGCGGGACGUCGUGGUCUUGACACAGUCGGCUAUGUCAUUCUUGUGCCACCAGGGAAUGUGGACGAAGCACCGCCAGUCAUCGAAUUGCAAAAGAUGAUAUUGGACCCUCCUAGCAAGCUAAGGUCUCAGUUCCGACUGACGUAUAACAUGAUUCUCAACCUCUUGCGAGUCGAGGCAUUGAAGAUUGAGGAGAUGAUUAAGCGUAGUUUCUCGGAACAUGCCACACAACAGCUGUUGCCCGAACACGAAAAGGCAGUCAAGCUCUCAGAGGCCGACCUGGCAAAGAUCAAGCGUGAGAAAUGCGAGAUCUGCGACCCAUCUAUCGACCAGUGCCACCAGGCAGCUAUGAGCUUCAAGCAGCUGACGCAGGAGCUGUACCAGGGCCUCCUGAGCAUACCUAUUGGCAAGAAGAUGUUUGCACAAUCGAGGCUGAUCGUGUGGAACAAGGACGGCGUGCGGACGCCAGGUCUUUUGCUGUCAGAAGGCGUCAGCACGAAGACGCUUGCUGGCCAGCCUACAGUACACGUCUUUGAGAUCAGAUGUGGGCGCGAGACCCGAGACUCUACUGAUCUGUUGCCCUUCAUCGACAACUUCCGGCCCCUGCUUACACCUCUGCCCAAGGCCAAGAAGCAAAUGAUGGGGAAGACGGUACAUGUUCCACUUAGUGAUGUGGAAUGUCUGACCGGGACCAUCGCUUCUGGCAUCGUGCCAGACUUCUUCCGAGGUGGGGACGACUACCAAAAGGCCAAGGAGCGCAUGCUGGCGCUCUGCAAGACUGGCUGGGAGGCAGAUAUCUGGAAGGAGAUGGACUUCUCCAAGAUCAAGAGCCUUCCCUUGCAGGAGAUUAUGGAGAAGCGCCGCACGGAGCUCAAAAUCACACAGGAGACGGCCACAACGCCGUGCCCGAACUUCCUGAAACACUAUGCCAUGUGCCACGACCAGUGGCUCAUCAAGGAGCACAUCUCCUCGCUGCGCCAGGCCCUGUCAGACCAGAACCUGCAGCUACUGCCCGACUAUGAGCAGCGCAUCCAGGUCCUCAAGGACCUCUCCUUCAUCGACGCGGACACCCGGAUCCAGCUCAAGGGUAAGGUGGCCUGCGAGAUCCACUCGGCGGACGAGCUCGUGCUCACCGAGCUGAUCCUCGACAACGUGCUCGCCGACUACGAGCCCGCCGAGAUCGCGGCGCUCCUGUCCGUCUUUGUCUUCCAGGAGAAGACGGACAUGGUGCCCAACCUGACGGGCAGCCUGGAGCGCGGGAUGAAGACCAUCGUCGAGAUCAGCGAAAAGGUCAACGCGAUCCAGACGGAGCACCAGGUGAUCCAGUCAUCCGAGGACAGCAACGACUUUGUCUCGCGCCCGCGCUUCGGGCUCAUGGAGGUCGUCUACGAGUGGGCCCGGGGUAUGUCGUUCAAGAACAUCACCGACCUGACCGACGUGCUCGAGGGCACCAUUGUGCGCACAAUCACCCGCCUCGACGAGACGUGCCGCGAGGUCAAGAAUGCGGCGCGCAUCAUUGGCGACCCGGAGCUGUACCAGAAGAUGCAGACCGCGCAGGAGAUGAUCAAGCGCGACAUUACUGCCGUGGCGAGUCUGUACAUGUAGUCUAGGAGAAGAAGAAGAAGAACUGAGAACGGCAUGAGAGCAUGGUGUUCAUGCAGAGUCUUGAUCAAUCUUAUGGUUGUCCACAGGACUUUCUCGGUACGAUCCGCGGAGAGCGUGUGUUCUCUCGUGCCUGUCCUGAGGACUGUGUGUCGCUGCAUGUUGGUAUCUAAAUAAGAGCAGACAAACAACGACAGCACAUGUAUCAUGAACGAAGGUGUGUAUGACGAGCGCGGCAACUCAUCGUGUUAUAGACUCAUUCAUUCGAGAAAUA